AUGCAAUAAAAGCAAAAUUAAGCCAAAAUAAGGAACGCCUUGCAAUAGCAGCUAUUCCCCAAGAUGCAAAAGAAAAUCGAGUAACCCAAGGCAUAACCGAAAAGGUAUAACACUUAAUUAUAAAUCCCAGAGCCAUAAGGAUAGAAGAUGAGAAUAAACUAUCAAUCACAUCAAUAACAUUGCCGCACAUCGAGACUAUUGCCAUUAAUUUUAAUUCCAAGUAUCAACUGGGCAACAUGAUCGGAGAAGGUGCUCAUGGAUUAGUGAAGAAAGCCAUCAAAGUGGAAACUGGAGAAUAAGUAGCAGUCAAAAUUUCAAGAAGUGGAGACCCUGAGCUUGUCAAAACUUUUACUGAAGCAUAUAAAAAUACGAGAAUACUAGAUCAUUAAUACAUAAUAAAAGUUUAUGAAUGCUACAUAGAUGAACAAUCGGAAACUUUAUAUUUGGUAAUGGAAUACUCAAAUUUACGCAGUUUGGAAGAUGUAAUUAAAAAACACAAGAAAUUAACGUAAUUGUAUAUCCUUCAAUUAGGGAAGAAUAAGCUAAGAUCUUGAUCAGACAUAUUCUCUUGGCUCUCCAGCAUAUUCAUGAAAGAGGAGUAGCUCAUAGAGAUUUGAAGCCCGAUAAUGUUUUGAUCAACAAAAAGUCCCUUGAUAUCAAAAUCAUAGACUUUGGAGUCAGUAGGAGAUUCAAAAAGUACAAUGGCAGAGAAUUUGUGGAUGUAAACAUGUGGACUAGAACUGGAAAUGUGUAUUAUGCUGCCCCAGAGAUCUUGACAGGAGGAGGCUACGACGAAAGAGUAGAUCUCUGGUCUCUGGGUGUCUGCUUGUUUCGUAUCUUGAGUGGCCAGUUCCCCUUCUUUGAAGACAGUGUAUUAGGAACCAUAGAGAAAAUAUUAAAAGGUACUUUUGAACUCAACGAAAACAUUUCCUUGCUUGCCAGAGAUUUGAUCAGAAGACUUCUGGAUCCUAAUCCAGCCCAAAGAUUAUCUGCGUAAUGUAUAUUAUCGAGAUUCACAUUAUAGUGGCUCUGCAGCAUCCUUGGCUCUAUCAUUCAGAGAUCGACCCCAUCUCACCCAAUAGCACCGAACUUAUCAACAAAGUCGCUUACAGAGCUAGUGACGAUAUUUGUGAUAUCUCAUAAGGCGGAGACAAGAAUACAUAUUACAGCAGGAACCUCCAUAUGAGAAGCAACACGAUGACCAAAAGUCCAGUCAUGCAAUCAGAAACCAACACCAAUUCCAAAUCUCCUCUUAAUUUAUUAAAACAAGAUCUCGAUGAAGAAAUUCAAUAGUCUCCCUUAAUCAAAUUGAAAAAAAUUCAAAAUCAAAUGAACAAAGAAAUCAACAUCAUAAAGAAGAAUGAAUCAAAUGGGUAAGGAUUACUGAGAAUUAGGCAGAGACUGCAAAUGGAAAAAUUAGACAUCAUACAUGAAAUUUAAUGA